CUGCUUACCACCCGCCGUGGACUGCGAGCCAAGUGUCGCGGAGGUGGCGCGCCUUUGCGCUGUCGUAGCCGUUUCUGUGGAACGAAGUUCUCAUCGACUCGCAAGAGCGCUGGGUGGUUCAUGCCUGGCCCCAUCUGGCGCCUCGAACUUCAUCCCUCGCGGUCGCCCUCCUAGUCGUCUUGCGUGAAUAGAAGGUCCCGAUGUCUUCCUCCUGCGGCUAUUCACUCUUUUCGCUUUUCUCCUGCAUUAUGGAGAUCUUCGUAGCACAGUCGAGCCUGUGGGGCUCGGAUCUUGAAUACCGACCUGUUCAGCUCGUGGGGGCCACUGCUAACAGGGAUCCACCGAAACACACCCAAUCGAUAACUUUGAGAUCGCGCAUGAAGUGGUCCACAUACAUGAAGCAACCGGUCCGUCAAGCAACUCGGAUGGAAGCCGCGAGGGGUUGUGGCUUAAUGCACCUGGUACAACGUUUUAUAAUGGAAGGACGAGCUGGGAACAUCAUCCGACCGCCCUCGAGUCUUCUUCGACAAACCUUGUCUAACAGUCGAAUGCUUUUUGGCCGUCACUCGUCCGAUCGUAGAGAAGACGGACAUUAUCGAGGCACCGAAUCUGCGGUGCGUGGCGGCGACCGACGCCGGGUUAUUGCAGUACUUUCGAACGCUGCGCUGCCUCUGGCUUCACUCCGAGAAUAAGCUUCGCCCGGUUCGUUCACGCAAAGUGUUUCGCCGCCUCGCAUACCGGGCCCGUAUUAGCUCCGAUGACAAUCACAGUCUUCCAAGCGAGAUCGGACGUGACCACGGGCUCCUAAGCUUUCCACUGCGAGAUCAAGAAGUCGAGGAAAGAAUAACGCAUGGCCAGUGAAUGAAUCGAGAGACGUGUGAGCCGUGCAUGUGACAGCUUCGCAGACGAGCCACUGGACCGAUAAAAGUAAUGAGGCAUCCUGAGAGUCAGGCUGCACAAGAAUCAGACAGUCGAGCUUUCACUGUGCUGUUCCCUUGGGAUUAGCUAGCACGCGUACGAAUCAGAUCUACAUAGCCCGCCAAGUGCAGCUUAAUGCGCACGGCGAAACUACUGACUAGCGGGCCAGUGUUCGUCGAAGACCUCAUCGGACUUGCAUUUGACAGCAGAAGCCAAGGAUGUCCGAAAGUAUCUGAUCUUCCCCCUGAUCUACAUGCGCGAAGACCGAUGCAGAUUAUUCUGUAUGGGAAUGCGAGUCACAGGGCCCAGUUCUUUCAGGGAAGUGGAAGCUGCGCCAUGAUCCUGGAGAGCAAGCUCGCAGCAGUUCAGAACAAAUCGACUAGUGUUUGAUCCGGUAUCGCUCCGACGAGAAGCUCACCCGAAGCCUCAGGGCAGAGGAAGACCAUCGUGUCUCUAGUGAUCGGAUGUGGUAAACUUCAACAUUUCACGUGACAUAUUCAGUCGCUUCAUCAGCAAUGACUGACUCGAUAUAAUUUCAGAGAAUCUCUCCCGAUGCUGUUCCAAUCACGUCGAGGGUCUAGCCCGACAAAAAUAGCGCUUCCCACAGCCGACAGCACCCUCCGCGCCGUCGAUUCGAUACCGAACCUCUGGCGUCGACGCAUUCUUCUCAUGUCCAUAACUAUGAGAUGUCCUCUAAGGUUUCCGCCGGCACGGGUUGGCCUAUAACCGGGCCCUGGAGAAGAUAAAACCAGACGUCGAGCCCCCUUGCUGUUUCAAUCUGGUCCCAUGCAUCUCCUCCUUCAAGCAGCGAUCUCAGCCUUGCCCAUCGCAGUUUACUAUUCUCUAAGACCUAAGAGAGAUCCCAUCCCGGAUUUGCCAGGUCCAGAGUCCUCGUCCUGGCUUUAUGGGAACUUGGCCGAACUUCUCCUCGCCCCGGACUAUGGCAAGUACGAGUUCACCUGGCUCAAGCGAUUUGGGAGCGUGUACCAAAUCCGGGCCUGUCUUGGACGUACCCAAAUCGUCAUCGCAGACCCGGCAGCGAUGCACCACGUGUUCAGCAGUCCGAAAUGGGACCAAGGACCUCCCCUUUCAAUGCUGGCAACUAUGGUUUUUGGCUCGCAAAGCGUGCAGGGUGUCAGAGCUGCGGGACCUGAGCAUCGUCAUUUACGAGGCGCGCUCAACGGCGCCUUCACAGCCUCCGUUGUCCAGAGCUACGAAACAAUAUUCGAGAGGGUUGCUGCAGGGAUUUCCGAAAAAAUUGACUCGAGCACCGCGGAUGAUGUUGAUAUCACGGGCAUGCUCUCAGCUGCGACACUGUCUGCCAUCUCGACUGCAUUGCUCAGCCGCCCUGUCGAAGAGCUUGACCCGGGUUUCAUUGAUCUCAAUACCAAUCUUCUUCGUACGGCGGCAAGAACUUCAAAGAGAGACCUCUUGUCGACUGAUUUACUGACCAACUACAUUCCUCGACGCUUGCUCUACAAGCUACUGCACUUGCGAGUGGCAGGAUGGCACGCCGUGACAGAAGGCCGGGACCUUGGUCUUGCUCUCGGACGAGCUGUUGUCGAGGACAAGUUGCGCGUCAAGGCAUCAGGCGAGGACCAAGGAACCGGGGAUGUGUAUGAUCUGCUUUUAUCAGGCAAAGCGGGCGCAGAGGCCAAAAAGCUCAAUGUUGAAGAGCUGGUCGCCCAAACGUCCGUCCUUCUUGUGGCUGGUCAGGACACCACUGCAAACACGCUGGCCUUCUGCCUGAUUGAACUGGCCCACAAUCCCGCACUUCAAGAACAACUCCGCACAGAACUUCAGGCCCGCGGGCCAGCGCAGCCAUACAACCAGCUUCCACUGCUCAAUGCCAUCAUUAAAGAGGCCCUGCGGAUGUUCCCCGCAGCACCUAUCAUGGACCGGCUUGCAUACGAAGACGACAUCAUCCCUCUUUCGGAGCCGGUUCUGGACCGCCAUGGGCGGAAGAUCGACUGCAUUCCUGUUCGGAAGGGGCAAGUUGUGACUAUGGCUAUCGCCUCGUAUCAAAGAAUGGCGUCCCACUGGGGACCUGACGCGAUGGAGUUCAACCCAAUGCGAUGGCUGGAGGGAGGCUCGGUCAAGACCAGCGACGUCAUUGGUCCCUACGCAAAUCUAAUGAGUUUCGCAAGUGGAGCACGGACGUGUAUUGGAUGGCGAUUUGCCGUCAUGGAGAUGCAGAUCAUCCUCUGCGAGCUUGUUGGCAAAUUCAGCUUCAGCAUUCCACCUGGGAGCAAGACUGCUGCGCAGCUGGCGCAUACCCUGUUCCCGUUGGAUGAAAAGACGAGAGAGAAGUGUGCCAUGCUACAGGUCAAAUCCGUAUGA